AUCGCACUCAUCAGCAAGAUGUCCCUCCUUCGCAACACUGCCCUCCGCACCGGCAACUCGCUCCGCUCCGCACCUACCCUUGCUAUGCGCAGCUACGCCACUGGUCCCGAGUCCUCUGGCACUGGAGCCACGGCCAACAGCAAGGGCUUCAAGCAGCGCGAGCAGGGUGAGGAGCAAAAGUACAUUCGUGAGGCAGAGGCUGAGAAGCUCAAGAAGCUCCGCGAGACCCUCGCCAAGCAGCGCUCCCACCUCGACGACGUUGAGGCUGCCAUCAACGACCUUGGUGGUAACAGUGGCAACCAGAAGCAGUAAAUGCUCGGCGUGAGAUGUCGCAUUGGCAAGGGAAAACUGAGCGACAGGGAAAUGAAGGAAGAAAGACUAAGAGGAAGUGCUUCGAAUCGACGACAUCGACAGCAUUAGGACAUCAAUGACACGGUAUUGCGACCAUGUCGUCUCCUCGAGCACUCAUUGCUGCAUCUGUGAAAGGCUGCUUGACUGGGAUUGUUCCCUCUGCUGCUGGUGACCAGUAGCCUGUUCCCCCAAAUCACAUCAAGAGCGAGCUUCGAGACACCGAACGUUCUCAUCCUCUUAUUCUCGUGUCGCUGCCGCUGCUGCUCUCUUCGAUGACGCCUCUGAACGUUCCUCGCCCCUCGUCAUGCCUCGUGAACGUCCCUACUCAG